UUAAUUUGUCUAAUAUAUAGUUGAGGAUUAUGACAGUUAUUACCCAUGUUGACUAGUGAACUUAAAAUAAUCCUCUCCAAAUAAGUAUACUUAUAUAUGUAAAAAAAAAUGUUAAACAUGUCAAAACAGAAAACCAACUGCAUGAUUUAAGCUUAAACAAUAAAGGCCGUGCUCCCGACUUGGCACAUGUUCAUGAAAAACGUGGCGGGCUGUGAAAGUUCUACCCCAUAAUGAAUAAAAUGGAAAAAUAUGUUAUAAAGGAUUUACUCAUCAGAAGACACAAAUCACAAACAAAACCACAAUAAUAGAAAACAUGAUAAAUGUGUCUAUAGAACAUGCAUGCCCCACUGCCACUAUCAUUUUCUAUGUUUGGACAGUGAAACUGGGGUUCAAAACUCUUAAUUUGGCAUUAGAAUGAGAAAGAUCACAUCAUAGGGACGUGUCUCAAGUUGAUGGGAUUAACUUCAUAAAAACUAGCUUGACAAACUUAAACAUGAAGCGGGACAGACGGACGAACGGACGCACAUACCGAAAGACAUAAUGCCCUAGGUUGGAGAUAAAACACCAGGUAUCGAUCUAGGAGUACUCACAGUAACUGAUAGCAAGUUAAACUCACAAAUAAACCAUGUUUUCCCAAACUUACAAAAUAAUCAGUACACAAACUUUACAGUAAAAUUGUAUAGUUUUACAGUCACUACGUUUUUACAUUAAUUACAUUACACAGUUGAAAAAAAAUGAAAACAAAUUUUUACAUACUGUGUUCUUAGUACAUUUCGCUUAACCUAUCAAUAGUUGUUAAUAUACCAUCUCCCUAGGAUUAGGUCAUUUUAGUCAAUUAUAAACAUAUAUAAAUGUCACUGACUUCACUCAAUAAAUUAAUCCUCUUUUAUAAAUUCAAAAUUGUGGAAAAGUAUUUAUAAUAAACAGUUUUUGAUGAUAUGUUUAUCGUCAAUCAAUUGUGAAAAUAGGUGUGCACAAAAUUUGAAUUUUAAUUAUUUUCUCGCCAUUUUAACGAUGGUCUAUCCCAUUUUGCUCGAUGCUGCCGAGAAAAGGCAAUAAUAACUAAAUAUUGCUAAAAAAAAUUGUAAUAAAUUUUAAAUAUUUGAAGUCCAGUUGGGUCAAGCGAAAAUAAUAGGAGAUAUUAGUGGUUUCCCCCCACCUUUUUGUAAAUAGUGUUAUAACAUCAUAGAAUCAUGUUUUAAUAACAAUUCAAAUAUGCCAUUGAAAAUAAAGAAACUUAAUAAACUUAAUAAUUGAAUGACGCACAAUUUAUGGACUAUAUAAGUCGUAUGUAUUAGAUGGUUUUCACAGACAUUCAGAAAAAAUGGACCUACGAAUCUUGGUUUUAUUACUAGCAUCAUGUAUUGCAAUAGUUCCUGCUGCUCAACUGAAAGGUAAAUUGUUCCUCUAACUUUAAUUCUAAAGGAUUGUUUUCUACACUUUCUUACAUUAUGUUAACCAUCAAUUAAGAAAUAAUUUUAUUGUCGGCUAGUUUAAUUGCAUAUUUAGAUAGACAUGACUACUGCAGCUAGCAAGUAUUACAAUUCUUUUCCAACAAAACUCAAUAUAAAUUUUAGACAUGUCAAUAGAAAUAACUUUGAGAAAGGAAGUUCUUUAAUUUUACAGAGGACAUUUGGGAUCAUUUCCCUAAAGCACACGAACGCGAUGGUGACGAAAAAAUGCUUUCAGACAUUGGUAAUUUACUGCACAGACAUAAUGAAAGAAAGUUUAAUUCUGCAGCAAACGGAAAACAGGAGUUUAUAGAAGAACGAUCUACUGGGCCUUAUCGGCAUUACUUAUGCAAUAAUGAUAAUAGAUUCGUGUACUGUGACUUUUCUAAGAACUUGAAAAUGAAUGUCCUGAUAGGCCAUUGGGGAAGAACAAGUCAUACCAUAUGUCAUCAUGGCAAUAUCGAUCAAAACGGUUGCACCAAAGACGUUACUUUUAAAAUAAAAGAAGUAUGCGAUGGCCGUUCGUGGUGCAGAGUGACGGCAAGCAAUGCAUUUUUUGACAAUCAUGAUCCAUGCGGUGGAAACCCAAAUUAUCUCAAUUUCACAUACGAAUGUAUACCCCCAAAAGAAACAUGUAGACAUGAUUCAUUUAAAUGUACCAACAGCAAGAAUUGCAUCCCCAUGACGAAAACAUGUGAUGGCAUACAUAAUGAUUGUGGAAAUGGCGACAUCAGUGACGAAGAACAUUGUGAUGUUAUAAAAGACACAACAACAACAACCACCACGCCCACAACAACAACUACCACGCCCACAACAACAACUACCACGCCCACAACAACAACAACCACGCCUACAACAACAACAACCACGCCCACAACAACUACGAAAAAACCUUCUGCUACUUGUGGUGUGCCUGUUCAUCCUGCUGUUAUCGAUAGAAGUCUUGUUUCGCGUAUUGUAAACGGAACAGAGGCUGUACAACACAGUUGGCCAUGGCAAAUACAGUUACGACUUUCUGGCGAACACAAAUGUGGAGCUUCUAUUAUUGAUGAAAAUUGGAUUGUAACAGCUUCUCAUUGUUUCUUUUUCGAUGAAGACAUUACUCACUGGAAAGCAUAUGCUGGAAAACACAACAAAGAUGGUAACGAUCCAACACAAGAAGCACGAAGUAUUACAAAACGAAUUAAAUAUAACAUUACUGGUAACAAUCCCUUAGAUGGCGAUAUAUCUCUACUGAAACUCGACAGCCCACUAAGCUUCACUGAGGCAGUCAUGCCAGUGUGUCUUCCAUCAAGAGAACCACGAGUCAGUGAUACUUGCUGUGUAACAGGAUGGGGAGACGUGAAAGGGACAGGAUUUCCAGACAAAUUAAAACAGACAGAAAUGCCAUUUGUUAGCAAAGAAAAUUGUUCAAAAGUUGCGGAUUUAAAGCCUCUUUUGACGAACAACAUGAUAUGUGCAGGAUUUCCCGAGGGUGGAAGAGAUGCAUGUCAGGGAGAUAGUGGAGGUCCCUUUGUUUGUCAGAUUGGGAAUCACUGGGAGUUACACGGAAUAGUAUCUUGGGGACUUGGAUGUGCUGAACCGAACAUGCCUGGAGUUUACACAAAUGUUCAUACAAUGGUUAAGUGGAUACAAGCAGAAAUUGCUGCAGAUAAAAUACGCACUUGAGAACAAUUUGAUUUUGUUCAAUCUGAAACAAU